GCCCUGAGGGGAGAUGACCGACCAGGAGAACAACAACAGCAUCUCCAGCAACCCCUUCGCCGCCCUCUUCGGCUCCAUCGCCGACGCCAAGCACUUCGCCGCCGUCCAGAAGCAGCAGCAGCUGCGGCAGCUGACAGGCGACGAGACUUCGGUCAGCCAAGAUGACUCCGACAACAGCGUCUCCGAGAGCCUGGACGACUGCGACUACUCGGUGGCCGAGAUCAGCCGCUCCUUCCGCUCGCAGCGGGAGCUGUGCGAGCAGCUCAACAUCAACCACAUGAUCCAGAGGAUCUUCCUCAUCACCCUCGACAACAGCGACCCCAGCAUGAAGAGCGGGAAUGGGAUCCCCGCGCGCUGCGUCUAUCUGGAAGAAAUGGCCGCGGACCUGGACGACCAGGACUGGCUGGACAUGGACAACGUCGAGCAGGCCCUGUUCACCCGCUUGCUGCUGCAGGAGCCUGGGAACCACCUGAUUUACAUGACCUCCGCCAGCACGCAGAACCUCUCCGCCGACCGGGACGCGGGGGAGAGACAGAUUCUGCGCUACCUCUACGCCUGUUUCCAGAGGGCAAGAGAAGAGAUAACCAAGGUCCCGGAGAACCUGCUGCCCUUCGCCGUGCGCUGCCGGAACCUGACCGUGUCGAACACUCGCACUGUCCUCCUCACCCCGGAGAUUUACGUCAACCAGAACGUGUACGAGCAGCUGGUGGACCUGAUGCUGGAGGCGCUGAGAGGGGCGCGUAAGUCCGUAACAGCCGUGCUUCCCUCGCUAGACUUUGAAGACACGACCGAGUUUCUCGAGGAGGUCAUAGAAGCCUUAACGAUGGACGAGGAGGUGCGGACGUUCGGGGAGGUCAUGGUUCCCGUGUUUGAUAUCCUCUUGGGCAGAAUCAAGGAGCUGGACCUCUGCCAGAUCCUGCUGUACACGUACCUCGAUGUGCUCCUCUACUUCACGAAGCAGAAGGACGUAGCAAAGGUUUUUGCAGGCUACAUCCAGCCCAAGGACCCCAGCAACGGACAGAUGUACCAGAAGACUUUGCUAGGCGCCAUUCUGAACAUCUCCUGCUUGUUGAAGACCCCCGGCGUAGUGGAGAACCACGGCUAUUUUCUGAAUCCAUCCCGAUCCAGCCCGCAAGAGAUCAAAGUGCAGGAAUCCAACAUCCAUCAGUUUAUGGCCCAGUUCCACGAGAAGAUCUACCAGAUGCUGAAGAACCUGUUGCAGUUGUCUCCAGAGACGAAGCACAGGAUUCUCUCCUGGCUGGGAAACUGCCUCCACGCGAACGCGGGCCGCACCAAAAUUUGGGCGAACCAGAUGCCGGAGAUCUUCUUCCAGAUGUACGCCUCGGACGCCUUCUUCCUCAACUUGGGAGCUGCCCUCCUGAAGCUGUGCCAGCCCUUCUGCAAACCAAAAUCUCCGAGGCUGCUAACCUUCAACCCUACCUACUGCGCCCUGAAGGAGCUGAACGAAGAGGAGAGGAGGAGUAAGAACGUGCACAUGAAAGGUUUGGAGAAAGAAACGUGCUUGAUACCCGCCCUGAGCGAGCAAGAGCCGGAGUUUGCGAACAGCUACAAUCUGGUGACGGAGAACCUGGUCCUCACGCAGUACACCCUGCACUUGGGAUUUCACAGGUUGCACGACCAGAUGGUAAAGAUAAACCAAAGCCUUCACCGCCUGCAAGUAGCGUGGCGAGAAGCUCAGCAGAGCUCCAGCCCCGCUGCCGACAGCCUCAGGGAGCAGUUCGAGCGCCUGAUGACCAUCUAUCUCUCCACCAAGACGGCGAUGACGGAGCCGCAGAUGCUGCAGAACUGCCUGAAUCUGCAGGUCUCCAUGGCGGUUCUGCUGGUGCAGCUGGCCCUGGGAAACCGCGGGACGGAGCCGCUAGAGCUGACCUUCCCGCUGCCGGAGGUGGAAAACAGCGCGUUGGCCUACGUGCCAGAGUUCUUUGCCGAUAAUUUGGGCGACUUCUUCAUUUUCCUGCGGCGUUUCGCUGAUGACAUCUUGGAGACUUCCGCCGAUUCUCUGGAGCACGUCCUUCACUUUGUUACCGUUUUCAUGGGCGAUGUGGAGAGGAUGAAAAACCCUCAUCUGCGAGCCAAGCUGGCAGAAGUGUUGGAAGCUGUGAUGCCUCACUUAGAUCAGGCCCAGAACCCGCUCGUCUCGAGCGUGUUUCAUCGCAAGCGAGUGUUCUGCUCUUACCAAAACGCCGCCCACCUUGCCGAGGCGCUUAUCAAAGUCUUUGUGGAUAUCGAGUUCACCGGCGACCCGCACCAGUUUGAACAGAAGUUUAACUACCGCCGCCCCAUGUAUCCCAUCCUGAGGUACAUGUGGGGCACAGAUUCGUACCGGCAGAGCAUAAAGGCUCUGGCUGACUACGCCUCAGAGAACCUCGAGGCCAUGAACCCCCCUCUCUUCUUGCGCUUCCUUAACUUGCUGAUGAACGAUGCCAUUUUCCUGUUGGAUGAAGCCAUACAGUACCUCAGUAAGAUUAAAGUUCAGCAGAUCGAGAAGGACCGCGGCGAAUGGGACAGCCUGUCCCAGGAGGCUCGCCGCGAGAAGGAGUCGAGCCUGCAGAUGUUCGGUCAGCUGGCGCGCUUCCACAACAUCAUGUCCAACGAAACCAUUGGCACUCUGGCCUUCCUGACCUCAGAAAUUAAGUCCCUGUUCGUGCAUCCUUUCCUUGCCGAGCGCAUCAUCUCCAUGCUCAACUACUUCCUGCAACACCUGGUUGGCCCGAAAAUGGGAGCUCUGAAAGUCAAGGACUUCAGCGAGUUUGACUUCAAGCCGCAGCAGCUCGUGUCUGACAUCUGUACCAUCUACCUAAACCUCGGGGAUGAGGAGAACUUCUGCGCCACGGUGCCCAAGGACGGCCGCUCCUAUUCACCGAUGCUCUUCGCCCAGACCGUUCGGGUUCUGAAGAAAAUCAACAAGCCCGGCAACAUGAUAGUGUCUUUCAGUAACCUGGCUGAGAGGAUCAAGUCUCUUGCAGACCGCCAGCAGCAGGAGGAGGAGACGUACGCGGACGCCUGCGAUGAAUUCCUGGAUCCGAUCAUGAGCACUCUGAUGUCGGACCCCGUGAUACUGCCCUCCUCCCGCGUCACCGUGGACCGGUCGACUAUAGCCCGGCACCUCCUCAGCGACCAGACGGAUCCUUUCAACCGGAGCCCCCUCACUAUGGACCAGAUCAGACCAAACGCAGAGCUUAAAGAGAAGAUCCAGCGGUGGCUUGCCGAGAGGAAAAAGCAGAAGGAGGAGCUGGAGGACACGCUGGACUGAGAAAACCAGGACCUACAGUCACGGGCGAGAUAAACGCCUCGCAGGGGUAGCGGCCAGAGCUCCAGAGCGUCUGUGCGAUUCGCCACCUUCAUCAAGACCGCGUUUAGUGCAUUGCCGCCACCUCCGCAGUCUCUCCUACGACCUUCCCUUCCAUCCCUUGUUCUGUCUUUUCCUUUCAAGACUUUACUCUCUAAGACUUUCCACCGCACUACCGCUUUGAGCCUCUGCCUGGGGGGGGAAGGCCACAGUCUCUUCUGCGUGGCCUGACGCCCCGGCCCUCUAUUACUUGUUCUUGGUGUUGGCCGUGUUCUUUUCCAGCGACGCCAAAAACCUCCCGUUCUGUUCUGUGGCCACGCGUGAACUCUGUAACCGUACGUUCCGUGUGAAAGCGAUGCCUCCGCAGGCGCUCCCCCGGGGUCAGACGUGGGUGCGGACUGGAGGCGGGCGGCUUUGCCGGUGGUGUGGCGGGGUUUCUUUUCCAAAUGAUAAUUGGGAACGGAGGGGCGUUGGAAAUUAAAAGAGAGAGAUGAUCUUA